AUGGCCGCGCCUGGCAGCAACCGCUAUGCGAUGUUCGCUAGUGCAGACAGCAGCGAAACUCCCGUCCGCAGUCCCGCUAUUGACCAUUCUCAAAACCCAUUCCUCAAUCAGAUUGCCGAUGACUCGAUGCCAUGGCAAGAGGUCAAGAAGCGCGGCGCUCCUGCAGUACAGCCGGCACCACCGGUUCGACGCUCUCCGCAGGUGCUGAAUGACCGCACCAAGGCUAUCCUCAACCGCCCACGCGCCCAGCAAGGGCAAGAUCGCAUCGUCUCGGGCUCAACGGACAACACACCCGAAAAAGCAUACGAUCCACACGAGAACUGGUGUGGCGUCUGCUCGUACAAGUUCGCCAACAAAGCUGCACUGCUCAGUCACAUUAAGCAGAGCGUCGGACACGAAAACUAUUGCAACCUCUGCAAGCGCGUCUUCGUGGACCGCAAUGGUCUCAAAAACCACGUCGACAAUGCAGCGAACCAUGAAGUUCAUUGCAACCUUUGUCUCUCCGCUUUCAAGGAUGACUGGGCUCUCAAGAACCACUUCGAGAAUAACUACAGUGUCGGCCAUGAGUGGGUGUGUCUCACGUGCCUGCUCGGCUUCAAGACUCGCGCUGAGUUGGAGCAACAUCUUCAGACCGCUGCGAAGCAUACGUGGUGCGGAACAUGCAAGCAGCGAUUUCGCAAUCAGGAUCAACGCGAUGCCCAUUGGGAACAGACGAACAGUUGCGAAUUCGAUGGACCGGACCAGUCCGCGCUUGCACGACAUCUCAAGUGUGAUCACUUCCAGUGCGAAGGCUGCAAGCGCAUACUACCGAGCUUUACCAAGCUUACGCAGCAUUACGAGAGCUGUGCAUUCGCACUUGCCUGCCCCCAAUGCGGCGAGCACUGUGCUGGAAAGGCCCAACUGGGUAUUCACCUCGAGAACUGUUUCCUUUGCGAGGAAUGUGGCUUCCACACUCACCACGAGGGCAACUACCACAUUCACAUGACCAAGCACAGUCUCAUCAAUCACUUGGAGUCAGGCAAGUGCCCCAACUUCAACGAUCCGGCACUUCUUACGCGCUGUCUCGGAAAGUGGUGGUACUCGGCGCUUUACAUGGAUCUCGAUAUGCAUGCGUCUAUUCGCAUAGGCCGCGUCGAUAUCCGCGAGGUACAGCGCUGGUCGGCAUCUGGUGACCUUCACCCUUUCGUGUGUCGCGACGAGGGAUGUGGGAAGAUCUUUGGUCAUCUGAGUUCGCUGGUAUUGCACUGUGAGAGUCAGGCUUGCGGUUGGGGUGUCGAUCGCCUGAACAUGCCUGGGCUGGAGAAGGAAUUCAAGCAUACGUGUCUUCGGAGGGAUAGUGCCACUGCCUAG